AUGCCAUCUCGAGCAUAUACCUCGGAGGGUCCUUCCCUGCCCCCUCUAGCUGAGAUCAUCAAAUUAUGGCCGGAUGAAGAGCCCUGGUGUGCAGGAUAUGCUCCAUCCAAGGGCCGCCGCUGCCAUGCCUCGACAAAUCGUGCCGGUCGAAGAGCUGCCAUGGAUCUUCUAAAAGAAGGAACAGCCGAUCUUCGUGCUGGUCGAUGUAUCGAUCGCCUGCUUGAAGCCCUGGCCCCUCAUGUGCUAUGCACAAGGUUUCACCAGUCUCAAGCGGAUGAUCUAGCCAGUCGCUGGCAGAAUCGUGUGCGAUCCUAUCUUCGAUCCCAUCAACAAACCACGCCCCCCAGACCAGCGGUCCGAUCCCCUAGAACUGCUCCUCGAGGGCAGAGCCAGGAGGUUUUGAACGAAAGAUGCACACAUCUCUAUCAAAGGCUGCGUGAGACCCUGGAAGAACUGGAGGAUCUUCGAACAUCCAUUAAUGGGGACUUGCCGGAGCCAACUCGACAUAUUCGUGGCAGCUCGAGUCACACAAGUUCUGAAACAACCCACCAGGUUUCCAACAGCUCCCGCCGUGGAAAUGCAGAAAGAGCUCAAUCGACCCCUACGAUGCAGCGCGAAGAGAUUCUCGUACCAAGACCUCGGUUGACAAGAUCUCAAAGGCAACCUCCUCCCCUGCUAAAUAGACCCGCGCAUGAUACUCAAGCAAAUGGAUCUUCGCCUCGAGUUACAAACAUUCUUCAGCGCACGUCUCCCACAGCACGUCCUGCUUCGAAUAAUGCUUCACCUACUUCUGCGCACCGUCGGACCGUGGAAGGAGAUUGUGCGAUUUGUUUGUGCAGUUUGCGAACUAUGGAGGAGGAGGAGGAGGAGGAGGAGGAGGAGGAAAGCGACAUCGAGGAUGAUAGUGAUAGCUACUCUGUGGCUUCAUCUGAAGACGAGGAUGAGGAAUUCGAUGACCCUGAAAUGCCACUAGUAUGGUGCAAGGCUAGAUGCGGCGUAAACUUCCACGAGGGAUGCAUACUUCAGUGGCUGGAGAGUUCUCGCAACCAAACAUGCCCUAAUUGCCGGAGCGCUUGGAGGCAUGAUUUAUGA